AUGUCUGAAGAACGUAUCGUCAUCUAUUUAGUGAGGCGCGAUCUUAGAGUUGCUGACAACCACAUUCUUCACCUUCUAUCUCGUCAUAACAUCAACGACGAAUGUUCCUAUACCCACCUCCUCCCUGUAUACGUCCUGGACCCUGACCAGGUUGAAACAUCUGGCCUCCUCAAGAAUGGAGAGAGAUCUCCGUACCCUCGAGCACUUUCAGAGAACUCUGGAGUCUGGAAAUGCGGUCUUCAUCGUGUCAAAUUCCUCGCAGAAGCAAUUUGGGACAUGAAGGAGCGGCUGGAGGAGCUGGAUAAUGGACUCAUCAUUAGAGUCGGGCGUUUCUACGACAUCUUGGAGAGUAUUUACAAGCAUUAUUCCAGUGACAAAGGCGGUCCUCAGAUUUCUAGCGUGUGGAUGGCCAGAGGGCAUACCCCUGAGCAGAUAAGUGAACAGCAAGAGGUUUAUACCGCAUGCUAUAACUUUGGGAUCGACUAUGUGAAAUUUCGCGAUCGUGAGCCGUUCGUCGAUCUACGCGACGCCCCUCUGCAGUCAGUAGGCGAAGUGCCUGAUGUGCUCUCCGACUUUCAGAGGCUAAUGGAGCCCGUGAUUGAUGACGCCCGCGAUUCGAUCGAGGCGCCUCUUUCUCUACCCCCCUUCCCAGAUCAUGUACCACUUCCGCCCCAGCGAGGCCCAUACGAGAUUCCAGACACACUACCGGAGCUUAUCAGUCGGCUCCAGGGACCUGUCAGGCUUGACUUCUCGUAUUUUUAUGGGCUUGAUUUCAGGGGCGUGAUAGCGGAGUCCACUUGUAUUGGUGGCGAAACACAUGGCACUCGCAGACUUAAGCAUAUUGUCAAACAGGGCGCUGUGUCGCGAUUUGACACCUUAAACGACUUGGAGGAAAGUGAUGAAUGUCUUAAGCUCACACCUUACCUGUCUCUUGGAUGUAUAACGGCUCGGCAGAUUCAUGAAGAACUGCUGAACCUAGAAAAUGGCUACGUGCCAGAAUACGCGGAGACUCAAGGUUGGGAAGGGGGCGAGAAUCCGGGGACAAGGGCAGUUCGACUGUGGCUUCUUGGCAGAGACUUUCUCCUUUUAGGCUCUAGAAAGUAUCGCAACACCUUGUUUGACCUCGAAGGCUCCGGUGAGGGGAGAGACCCGGAGAUCGAAUGGAAAUCGCCCGAUCCCGAGGAAGCCUGCCCUGAACAGGAACCUUGCACUCUCCAUAUCGAGGGGGCUCUCGUGCAGUUCCAAGUAGGAGCCACGGGAUACGGGCUCAUUGACGCAAUCAUGCGGCAACUCCUUUUCACUGGGUACAUUGGGGCCCAAUCGUUUAUGCUUAUUGCCAACUUUCUUGCAAAGUUUGCUGGUAUCGACUGGAGAAUAGGCGCGGAGUGGGUAGCUUCCCUAUGUUUAGAUCACAACAAUCCUAUCCAGUGGUUCAGAUGGCAACAAUAUGCCGGGAUUGGUCCUGACCUGAACGGCAGAGAUACGGUCAUCUCUCCUGUCCACACAGCCUUCGAGCUCGACCCCAACGGAACCUUCGUCCGGAAGUGGAUGCCCGAGUUGCGUAGUCUCACCAGGCUAUCGAACCUUUUUCAAGUAGCCACCACCUCUCCAGAGCUGUUGCUGCGGCUCGGUUUGUUCGCUAAUGUCAUGGUAACCAACCCGGUGCCUUCUGACACCCUCGAUCUUGGGGUAUAUGCUUCUUGGACCGUAUCCCAGGUUUCUCCGGAUGCAGCUGGACAUUGA